CAUUCCACAGGAGCGCACAGGCAGACCGAACAGUGCGGUAGCCGGGGUUGUGACCGGCCAAAUCAACCUGUAAAUAGUUCUAACUGAUACGGCUGGCACACUUUAGUUUACACUUCAGUGUACAUUUAUGUAGAUAUUUCUUUAAAAGAAGGAAAAUAAAAAAGUGAAAUGCUGUUUUUCAUUAUACUUUUCUCAUAUUUACUGCAACUAUUAUCCUUAUAGAAUGACUUGUAUAGCUGUCUGUAACAACCGAUUAAACUGUGAGAGGAGCUGGUGCACCUACAUCCAAUAAGGUACUACACACAAUUUGUAUCCUAUCCUUUGGAAUAUAAUAAUCAUCAUGGUGAUCAUGACGGAGAGCAGCCAGGGGGCCCAGCCCAACCAUACCCAGGGAAGGCCUCUCCAAGUCGGCUUCUAUGAGAUCAUCAGCACGCUCGGGAAAGGAAACUUUGCCGUGGUCAAACUGGCAAGGCACAAAGUCACCAAAACACAGUUUGCUGUGUUGGUUGGUUGUCCACUGCCAGGUGGCCAUAAAGAUCAUUGACAAGACAAGACUAAACCCAUCCAACCUAGAGAAGAUCUACAGGGAGGUCCAGAUAAUGAAGCUGCUUAACCACCCCCAUAUCAUCAAACUCUACCAGGUAAUGGAGACUAAAGAUAUGCUGUACAUUGUGACAGAAUACGCCAAAAAUGGAGAGAUGUUCGACUACUUGACCUCAAACGGGCGCAUGAGCGAGGAUGAGGCACAGAAGAAGUUCGGGCAGAUUCUGACGGCAGUGGAUUACUGCCAUAGACACCACAUCGUUCACAGAGACCUCAAAACUGAGAAUCUACUGCUGGAUGCCAACAUGAACAUCAAACUGGCUGACUUUGGAUUCGGUAACUUCUACAACGCAGGCGAGCCCCUGUCUACGUGGUGUGGCAGCCCCCCUUACGCAGCACCCGAGGUGUUCGAGGGGAAGGAGUACGAAGGGCCACAGUUGGAUAUCUGGAGUCUGGGUGUGGUUCUGUACGUUCUCGUGUGCGGUUCCCUUCCGUUCGACGGGCCCAGCCUCCCUGCCCUCAGACAGAGAGUCACAGAGGGGCGCUUCAGAAUCCCCUUCUUCAUGUCUCAAGACUGUGAGAACCUGAUCCGUAGGAUGCUGGUGGUAGACCCAGCUAAGAGGAUCAGUGUGGCCCAGAUCAAGCAGCACCGCUGGAUGCUGGCUGACCCCACAGCUCUUCACCAGACCCUCAGCAUGACCCUUCCCCUCACAGACUACAACUCUAACCUGGGGGACUACAGCGAGCCUGUCCUGGGCAUCAUGCAAACCCUGGGCAUUGACCGCCAGAGGACCAUUGAGUCUCUGCAGAGCAGCAGCUACAACCACUUCUCAGCCAUCUACUACUUACUGUUGGAGAGGAUCAGGGAGCACCGAGCCCAACAGCUCAGCCGUCAGUGUGGGCCCUGGAACCAGAGACCCAGGAGCACCUCUGACUCCGGUACCCCAGAGGUCAUCAUGGAGGACAGCUUCAGACCUUCAGCCUACCCCAUUCAAUGCAAGAGCACCCCUCCCAUGCACGCGGAGAUGGAAUAUGACCAAGGUGCAUUGUUCCAACGUGUGGUGUUUCCGGUGGAAGCCAGUCUGAACCGACUGCUGUGUAACCGCUCCAUCUCCCCCAACAGCCUGGUGGAGACCAGCAUCAGUGAGGAGGUGCGGCCCCGCGACCUGGAGGAGGAGGUCACACACACCUGCUCGGCCCUCGUCCUGCCCACCACCACCUCCCGGCGACACACCCUGGCCGAGGUCUCUGCUCGCUUCCACCAGUGCAACCCCCCCUGCAUCAUUGUCAGCCCCUCCGAUGGUGCGUCGUCUGACAGCUGUCUGAGGUCCUCGUCCACCCCCAACCCCGCUCUGCACCCCGCUGUAGGUGGCCUGUCAGCCGUGCUGGCCAUUGGGACUGACCCUGGGGCACUGGUCCCCGCCGAUAGCCCACCGGCCCUCUCCUGUCACCUCCUCCCCCAGGCUCAGGCUGCCAGCUUCCAAGAGGGCCGCAGAGCCUCCGACACCUCCCUCACACAAGGUCUGAAAGCCUUCCGCCAACAGCUGAGAAAGAACACGCGCACUAAAGGCCUUCUGGGUCUGAAUAAGAUCAAAGGUCUGGCGAGGCAGGUCUGCCCUCCGACCUCCGACCGCAGUAGCCGUGGCACCUGGGGAUCAAUAGGCCCCACCAUCAGUGAACACCGCAGCAUGCUGGAGGAAGUUCUGCACCAGCAAAGGAUGCUCCAGAUUCAGCACAAGCCCCAACCUCAGCCUCCUUGGCCAGCACCUACCCAGAAUCCCCCGUUCUUCCUGUCCCAGCAGCAGCCCCCUCCCCCACCUCAGUCUUCGCCGCCCCCUCCACCCUGUUCGACACCCCCGCCCCUCCCUCCUCCAGGGGGAACCCCAACACCCCCUGCCCUCCCACCAGAGCCCCCUGGCUCUCCAGCAUGCCUUCUGGCAGCAACCUCUGGAGAUAUCUUCACCCUCCUAUGGCUCCUCUUCCUCCUGCUCCUCUUCCUCCUCCUGCUCCUCCUCUUCCUCUCUCUCCCCCGUGGGUACUGCUGCUUACCUCCUCGAGGCUCGACUGCACAUAAGCCAGCAGCCCAGCCUCUACCUCGAGACCAACGUCCACCCCCAGACCAACCCCCAGGACCAAGCCCAGGACCAGACCCAGGCUUUCACCAAGGGCCCCUUCCCCCUCAUGCCUAUGCAGGGGAUGUGGAGUCUGGAUUCAGCCUCCGGGAGAGAGUCUGAGAUGCAGGAGCUGGGCUGCGGUGGACAGCAGCAGCUGAGAAGCUGUGUGAUGGUGAAGUAAUGGAGGGAAAGAAAGGAUAAGCAGAAAACAACAACUUCUUAUUGGAACAGAGUGAUUGUUCUGCAUGACAACCAGAGGACAAAAUGUCCUGGUGAUGUCAUCACUGAUGGACAGGAAGGGUAAGCGCUUUUUGACAGUGGGAACAGAACUUUGAGACGUGGAGUUUCUCAUAGACCAUCAGAUGAUGAGCAGAUGACAACAGAUCAGAUCCUCUAAAAGUGUGAAAAAAGAACAAUUGGGUAGAAAAACUGAGCAAAGAGGAGAUAGAUUUUUUUAACUGAUGCAAGUCACAAAUCUACACUCUUGAACAACAUGCAAACACACAUCUAGUUGUGUGUGUCUGUGUGUGAUCACAUAAGCUGAGAAUUAAGCAAUAACCAAACUCUGGAGUGACGGCUCUGAGGUCUCAUCCGAACCCCCAGAGAAGCAAUAAAGGUCUGGGACCCCCUCAACACAACAGGGGACCUCCGUUCCUCUCCUUUGUCCCUGAUGGGGACCCCAACUCACCCCUGUCCCGCUGUGGAGGGGUGAGUGAAGGACUAGUCUUGAAACCCCAACGAGGACUGGUAUCAAUAUACCAUACUAGAUCAUUUAAGACCUAUUUCAACAAUUUCAAUUGUAUUUUUUUCAUCAAGUUUGAAAACAGGAGGAUCCAGUCUUCCUGAUUUUGUUUUGUGUUACUUUUCAAGUUUGGCUCACUGUAUAUAGACCUUAAUUACUUAUUACUUAUUGUUUUCACUUAAUUAGAAAAGACCAAAGUUAAUUCUUUAUUUUUACUUUGUUUGUCUUUUGGAGAAGAUAUUACUUAUUGGUCACAUACACAUGUUUAGCAGGUGUUAUUGUGGGUGUAGCGAAAUGCUUGUGUUCCUAGCUCCAACAGUGCAGUAAUAUCUAACCAUACACAACAAUACACACAAAUCUAAAAGUAAAAGAAUGGAAUUUAGAAAUAUAGUAAUAUUUAGACGAACAAUGUCGGAGUCAGGAGUAUAAAUAAUUAUAUAUAUAUAUAUAUAUAUACACACAUAUAUA